AUGCAAAACGGAGGCAGCAAUGUCAAUGAUGAUUAUGCUUUUGCUAUACGAUUGCAACAAGAAUUUUAUAACGACCAUAAUAAGAGUGGUGUAAUUCCUGAAGGCAAGUUGAUAGUAUAUUCAAUUUUCAAAACAUCCUCAAAUGUCAUCUCGAACCAAAUAUGUUUUGUUAAUUUAGAAUCAUUCCAGUCUAAUUACAAUCAAGGCAAAAGUGACCAUUCAACAACUAAUGUCAAAAAAAAUAAAGACAUUAAUGUCGAUGAGGAUGAGUAUAUUGCUAUGCAGCUUCAACAAAUGUAUGAAGAAGAGGGCGAUGAUUAUGCUAUUGCUAAGCGGUUGCAACAAAUGUAUGAUAAAGGAAGAGUUACCUUAGGAAAUGAUUCUGAAGGCAAGUUUCUAGUGUAA